AUGCCUUCCUCCAUGUUAAAGAUUACCACCUUAGUUGCAUUAGCAUCAUACAUUUCCACCACAUUGGCCGCUCCACCAGCCUGUUUAUUAGCUUGUGUUGCUCAGGUUGAAAAGAAGUCUGAUUGUACUGGAUUAAAUGAUUUAUCUUGUAUUUGCUCUAGCAAGGGUAGUGAUGUCAAGAAGUGUUUAGAUGACAUCUGUCCAGAUGGAGAUGCAAAUAGUGCCAAGUCAGCAUUUGAAGAUUCUUGUGAAGGCCACUCCAGCUCUUCGUCAUCGUCGAGUGAAGCUUCUUCUUCCACCAAGGCUUCCUCCAGUGAAGCUUCUUCUUCCACCAAGGCUUCCUCCAGUGCGGCCUCUUCUUCUGAUGCUGCUUCUUCUGGUGCUGCUUCUUCUGGUGCUGCUUCUUCUGGUGCUGCUUCUUCUGGUGCUGCUUCUACCACCGAAGCUUCUUCCCAAUCUGCUUCCAACGAAAGUUCAGCUGCCCCAACACAAGCCUCCUCGCAAGUUGCUAGUGACGACGAAGAAUCCACCUCGUUGGCUGGUGUUGCAACCACCGUCUCCAGCUCUACAUCUGGUUCAAGUGUUCCAGUUGUCCCAACCCAAUCUGAAGACGGUGCUAAUGUCCAAGGUCUUUCUGUUGGUGCCAUCUUAGCUGGUUUAGCUGGUGUUGCUUUGUUAUAA